GCGACGCGCCGCCGCCCGGCCCGGCCUCGCCUCGGACGCCCCGCUCCGACAUGCCCCGCUCUGGCGGCCGGGCUCGCGGAGGAUCAUGACUGCGGCGGCGAACUGGGUGGCGAACGGGGCGAGCCUGGAGGAUUGUCACUCGAACCUCUUCUCGCUGGCGGAACUCACAGGAAUCAAAUGGCGUAGGUACAAUUUCGGAGGGCAUGGGGACUGUGGACCCAUAAUUUCAGCCCCAGCCCAAGAUGAUCCAAUCCUGUUAAGUUUCAUCCGCUGUCUGCAAGCCAAUUUGCUGUGUGUAUGGCGUCGUGAUGUCAAACCAGAUUGCAAAGAAUUAUGGAUAUUCUGGUGGGGAGAUGAACCCAACCUAGUCGGUGUAAUACAUCAUGAACUGCAGGUUGUGGAAGAAGGACUCUGGGAAAAUGGUCUUUCCUAUGAAUGUAGGACGCUGCUCUUCAAAGCAAUCCACAAUCUAUUAGAAAGGUGCCUAAUGGAUAAAAACUUCGUUAGGAUUGGGAAAUGGUUUGUGCGGCCCUAUGAGAAGGAUGAAAAGCCAGUCAACAAAAGUGAGCAUUUGUCCUGUGCUUUCACGUUCUUCCUUCAUGGGGAAAGCAAUGUCUGCACGAGUGUGGAAAUUGCCCAACACCAGCCAAUUUAUUUGAUCAAUGAGGAGCAUAUACACAUGGCUCAGUCUUCACCUGCACCAUUUCAAGUACUGGUAAGUCCUUAUGGCUUAAAUGGGACGCUAACAGGCCAAGCAUACAAGAUGUCAGACCCAGCCACUCGUAAACUGAUCGAGGAAUGGCAGUAUUUCUACCCAAUGGUGCUUAAAAAGAAAGAAGAAUUGAAAGAAGAGGAGGAGCUGGGCUAUGAUGAUGAUUUCCCUGUGGCCGUGGAAGUAAUUGUUGGUGGUGUUCGGAUGGUUUAUCCUUCAGCCUUCGUUUUGAUCUCUCAGAACGACAUCCCUGUUCCUCAGAGCAUCGUCAGUGCCGGAGGCCAUAUCACAGUUGGGCAGCAGGGACUCGGCGCUGUGAAAGACCCAAGUAACUGUGGCAUGCCGCUCACCCCGCCCACGUCUCCGGAGCAGGCUGUCAUCGGUGAGAGUGGAGGGACCCAGAGUGCCGCCAGUCAUGUGGGCUCCCAAGACGGUGGGAUGAUAACUAUGCACAGUCCAAAGAGAUCGGGGAAGAUUCCUCCAAAACUCCACAAUCACAUGGUCCAUCGAGUCUGGAAGGAAUGCAUCCUCAACAGAACCCAGUCCAAGCGGACUCAAAUGUCAACUCCAACUCUUGAAGAAGAGCCUGCUAACAAUCCUGCUACCUGGGACUUUGUGGAUCCAACCCAAAGAGUCAGCUGUUCUUGCUCUAGGCAUAAACUUUUAAAACGUUGUGCUGUGGGACCCAGUCGACCUCCCACAAUAUCUCAACCAGGGUUCAGUACAGGACCAUCAUCAUCCUCAUCUUUACCACCUCCUGCUUCUUCUAAGCACAAAACAGCAGAGAGACAGGAAAAGGGAGACAAGUUGCAAAAAAGACCUUUGAUACCGUUUCACCAUCGGCCCUCUGUGGCUGAAGAGUUAUGCAUGGAGCAAGACACACCGGGACAGAAACUAGGGUUGGCGGGGAUGGACUCCUCCUUGGAGGUGUCCAGCAGUAGGAAGUAUGAUAAGCAAAUGGCCGUGCCUUCCAGAAACCCAAGCAAGCAAAUGAAUCUGAAUCCUAUGGAUUCACCUCAUUCCCCCAUCUCCCCUCUGCCUCCAACACUCAGCCCUCAGCCACGGGGUCAGGAAACAGAGAGUUUGGACCCACCAUCCGUCCCUGUGAACCCAGCCCUCUAUGGAAAUGGGCUAGAACUUCAGCAAUUGUCUACUAUGGAUGACAGGACUGUCCUCGUUGGCCAAAGACUGCCUCUGAUGGCAGAGGUCAGCGAGACAGCCUUAUAUUGUGGGAUUAGGCCCUCGAACCCAGAGUCCUCGGAGAAGUGGUGGCAGAGUUACCGUCUCCCACCCAUCGAUGAUGCUGAGUUCCGGCCUCCAGAGCUCCAGGGUGAGAGAUGCGAUGCCAAAACGGAGGUAAACUCCGAGAGCACUGCGUUACAAAGACUCUUAGCACAGCCUAACAAACGGUUUAAAAUCUGGCAUGAUAAGCCCCAGAUGCAGCCACCCCACUUCCUCGACCCAUUGCCUCUAUCACAACAACCUGGAGACAGUCUGGGAGAAGUCAAUGACCCAUACACCUUCGAGGACGGCGACAUCAAAUACAUCUUUACCAACAAGAAAUGCAAACAAGGGACUGAGAAAGAUUCCCUGAAAAAGAAUAAGUCAGAGGAUGGAUUUGGUACCAAGGAUGUCACUACACCAGGUCAUUCCACGCCGGUGCCUGAUGGGAAAAAUGCCAUGUCUAUUUUCAGUUCUGCUACUAAAACAGAUGUACGGCAGGAUAGUGCUGCGGGCAGAGCCGGCUCCAGCAGCCUUACCCAGGUGACAGAUCUGGCCCCUUCCCUGCAUGACCUAGACAACAUCUUUGACAACUCCGAUGAGGACGAACUUGGGGCUGUGUCGCCUGCACUGCGCUCAUCCAAAAUGCCUACAGUUGGAGCAGAGGACCGGCCUCUCGGGAAGGACGGAAGAGCUGCUGUUCCUUACCCACCAACAGUUGCAGACCUGCAAAGGAUGUUCCCCACCCCGCCUUCUUUGGAACAGCAUCCUGCUUUCUCCCCCGUGAUGAGCUACAAAGAUGGGGUCAGCUCCGAGACGGUGACAGCGUUGGGGAUGAUGGAGAGCCCCAUGGUCAGUAUGGUUUCAACCCAGCUCACCGAAUUCAGAAUGGAAGUGGAAGAUGGACUAGGAAGUCCCAAGCCAGAGGAAAUAAAGGACUUUUCAUACGUGCACAAAGUCCCAACUUUUCAACCUCUCAUGGGAUCCUCCAUGUUUGCUCCACUGAAGAUGUUGCCGAGCCAGUGCCUGCUACCUCUGAAGAUGCCCGAUGCCUGUCUGUUUCGGCCUUCCUGGGCAGUUCCUCCAAAAAUCGAACACCUGCCCUUGCCACCUGCGGCCUCUUUCAUCAGAGACGGCUACAAUAACGUGCCUAGCGUUGGGAGCCUCGCAGACCCGGACUAUCUGAACACGCCACAGAUGAGCACGCCCGUGACGCUCAACAGUGCGGCCCCAGCCAGCAACAGUGGAGCAGGAGUGUUGCCAUCCCCAGCGACCCCUCGCUUCUCUGUCCCCACACCACGAACCCCCAGGACCCCAAGAACUCCCCGAGGGGGCGGCACUGCCAGUGGUCAAGGGUCUGUUAAAUACGACAGCACUGAUCAGGGGUCACCAGCCUCCACCCCCUCUACCACACGGCCCCUUAAUUCUGUGGAGCCGGCCACCAUGCAGCCCAUCCCGGAAGCCCACAGUCUCUACGUCACCCUGAUCCUCUCCGACUCCGUGAUGAACAUCUUUAAAGACAGGAACUUUGACAGCUGCUGCAUCUGUGCUUGCAACAUGAACAUCAAAGGGGCAGAUGUGGGACUUUACAUCCCGGAUUCUUCCAAUGAAGACCAGUACCGCUGUACCUGUGGGUUUAGUGCGAUCAUGAAUCGGAAGCUCGGCUAUAAUUCGGGACUCUUCCUGGAAGAUGAGUUGGAUAUUUUUGGGAAGAAUUCCGAUAUCGGUCAGGCUGCGGAGAGGCGCUUAAUGAUGUGUCAAACUACCUUCCUUCCUCAGACGGAGGGAGCCAGGAAGUCCCAGGAGCCACCUAUAAGCCUUCUCCUCCUCCUCCAGAGUCAGCACACACAACCCUUCGCUUCCCUCAGCUUCCUGGACUACAUUGCCUCCAACAGCCGCCAAACGCUUCCUUGUGUCAGCUGGAGUUACGACCGGGUGCAAGCCGAUAAUAACGAUUACUGGACGGAAUGCUUUAAUGCCUUGGAACAAGGCCGGCAGUACGUGGAUAAUCCCACAGGUGGGAAGGUGGACGAAGCUCUGGUGAGAAGCGCCACCGUGCACGCUUGGCCUCACAGCAACGUGCUCGACAUCAGCAUGCUCUCCUCCCAGGACGUGGUCCGCAUGCUCCUGUCCCUGCAGCCCUUUCUCCAAGAUGCCAUCCAGAAGAAGCGCACGGGCAGGACCUGGGAGAACAUCCAGCACGUGCAGGGACCACUCACCUGGCAGCAGUUCCACAAGAUGGCAGGCCGGGGCACCUACGGUUCUGAAGAAUCUCCUGAGCCGCUGCCUAUCCCCACCCUGCUGGUGGGCUACGACAAGGACUUCCUCACCAUCUCCCCGUUCUCCUUGCCGUUUUGGGAGCGGCUGCUGUUGGACCCAUACGGGGGCCACCGGGACGUUGCCUACAUUGUGGUGUGUCCAGAAAACGAGGCCUUGCUCGAAGGAGCCAAAACUUUCUUCAGGGACUUGAGCGCUGUUUAUGAGAUGUGUAGGCUCGGGCAGCACAAGCCCAUCUGCAAAGUGCUGCGGGACGGGAUCAUGCGUGUGGGCAAGACGGUGGCCCAGAAGCUGACCGACGAGCUUGUGAGUGAGUGGUUUAGCCAACCGUGGAGCAGCGAGGAGAAUGACAAUCAUUCCAGACUCAAACUUUAUGCGCAAGUUUGCCGCCAUCACCUAGCACCUUACCUAGCCACUCUGCAGCUCGACAGCAGCCUGCUGAUACCACCUAAGUACCAGACCCCACCAGCAGCCUCACAGGGACAGACGACACCUGGGAAUGCUGGGCCUUUAGCUCCAAAUUCAGGAUCAGCCGCUCCUUCCACUGGCAGUGCAUUCAACCCCACCUCCAAUGGUAGCUCUGCAAACCCAGCCGCGGGCAGCUCCGCAUCGGGUUCCUCUGUGCCACCAGUCUCGUCAUCCGCGUCUGCUCCCGGAAUCAACCAGAUAAGCACUACCUCUUCUUCAGGCUUCGCUGGUAGUGUUGGUGGACAGAACCCCAGCACCGGGGCCAGUUCUGCAGAGAGAACGCAAGGGACCGUGGGCUGCGGUGCGGACACUGAGCCCGGGCAGAGCUCCUCGCAACCCUCCCAGGACGGACAGGAGAGCGUCACAGACAGGGAGAGGAUCGGCAUCCCCACGGAGCCCGACUCCGCAGACAGCCACGCCUACCCUCCCGCUGUCGUCAUCUAUAUGGUGGACCCCUUCACGUACACCGCAGAGGAAGACUCCACUUCCGGGAACUUUUGGCUCUUGAGUUUGAUGCGCUGCUACACAGAGAUGCUGGAUAAUUUACCUGAACAUAUGAGAAAUUCUUUCAUUCUCCAGAUUGUGCCUUGCCAGUACAUGCUGCAGACAAUGAAGGAUGAACAAGUUUUCUACAUUCAAUACUUGAAGUCCAUGGCAUUUUCAGUGUACUGCCAGUGCAGGCGCCCCCUGCCUACACAGAUCCACAUUAAAUCCCUCACAGGAUUUGGGCCUGCUGCCAGCAUCGAGAUGACCCUCAAGAACCCAGAGCGGCCCAGCCCAAUCCAGCUUUACUCCCCUCCUUUUAUACUGGCCCCGAUCAAAGAUAAGCAGACAGAACUCGGGGAGACGUUUGGAGAAGCAAGCCAGAAAUACAAUGUGCUCUUCGUGGGCUAUUGUCUGUCUCACGACCAGCGCUGGCUCCUGGCCUCCUGUACAGAUCUCCACGGGGAGUUAUUGGAGACUUGCAUUGUAAAUAUUGCUUUACCAAACAGAUCACGGAGGAGUAAAGUAUCUGCUCGUAAAAUUGGACUACAGAAGUUGUGGGAAUGGUGCAUAGGUAUUGUUCAGAUGACAUCUCUACCCUGGAGAGUUGUAAUUGGGCGACUGGGGCGUCUCGGACAUGGGGAACUUAAAGAUUGGAGUAUCCUCCUUGGAGAAUGUUCACUACAGACAAUCAGCAAACGGCUCAAGGAUGUGUGCCGGAUGUGUGGAAUCUCUGCCGCAGACUCUCCUUCUAUCCUCAGUGCCUGCCUGGUCGCCAUGGAGCCCCAGGGGUCCUUUGUAGUGAUGCCAGAUGCUGUCACCAUGGGCUCUGUUUUUGGCCGAAGUACUGCACUGAACAUGCAGUCGUCACAGCUGAACACCCCUCAGGACGCGUCUUGUACACACAUCUUGGUGUUCCCAACUUCAUCAACCAUCCAGGUGGCUCCAGCCAACUAUCCCAAUGAAGAUGGGUUUAGCCCCAACAACGAUGACAUGUUUGACCUUCCAUUCCCGGACGAUAUGGACAAUGACAUUCGCAUCUUGAUAACGGGGAACCUCCACUCCUCUCCCAACUCGUCCCCCGUGCCCUCCCCGGGCUCCCCUGGCAUCGGCGUGGGCUCUCACUUCCAGCACAGCCGGAGCCAGGGCGAGCGUCUUCUCUCUCGGGAAGCUCCUGAGGAGCUGAAGCAGCAGCCUUUGGCCCUUGGGUAUUUCGUGUCCACUGCCAAAGCUGAGAAUCUCCCCCAGUGGUUCUGGUCAUCCUGUCCUCAGGCUCAAAACCAGUGUCCCCUCUUCCUGAAGGCUUCACUGCACCACCAUAUUUCUAUAGCACAGACGGAUGAACUUCUCCCUGCCAGGAAUUCUCAGCGGGUUCCGCAUCCUCUUGACUCCAAGACCACAUCUGAUGUUUUAAGGUUCGUUUUGGAGCAGUACAACGCGCUCUCGUGGCUCACGUGCAAUCCGGCCACCCAGGACCGGACCUCCUGCCUUCCCGUCCACUUCGUGGUGCUCACUCAGUUGUACAAUGCCAUCAUGAAUAUACUCUAAUGGAAAAGCACUUGUUCUCUCGGGCUCCGUUCCUUCCCCCUGCGACCUCAGUCCCAGGAACUGCGACCCUCUGCAAGUCUCCCGCCGCCUCUUCUCGAGACCACUCUCCACAGUCCCGCCCUGUGAUUCCGUCUCAGAGGCACUCGUCAUUUCCGCAGUGUUCAUUCAGAGUGACUCAUUGACACUUCUCCCACGGACCCGGACACCUCCACCCGCAGGGACUCUGCCAGUGUUAGGCUGCGCGCCGCCCCAGACCACUGGGCCACAGGAAGGCUUUUGGUUUUGUUGGUUUUCUUUUUCUUUUUUUUUUUGGUUGUUUUUCUUUUCUUUUGAAGAGGGAAAUGGACAAGACAGUUUCCUUUUGCACAAGAGUCUGUCUUCAGUCUCUGUUUAGAGUCAGGGUGCAUCAGCCCUUCGGAUGAAAUCCUCUGAUUAUUUGGUGUAUGGCCUGUGGGUUACCCGAACUCCAUAACCUGGGGACUCUUCUCAAAAUCAGAACCAGCCCAAGUACCUGCUUGCACGACGGGGUUUCUGCGGCGCGAGCGCUUCGAGACGUCACGCCUGUGUGUAGAUGCAGAAGGUCUGGAGACAUCUUCAUUUUGUUUAUUUAUUUCCUCUUGUUUCGUCGUAUGAUUUUUGUGACUUUCUUUUCAUUUUUUUUUUUUUUUUUUAAUUCGCAAGGACCAGGUACAGUAGCUGAAAGCCAGCUCAGACCCACCCUAGGACUCCGACUACAUACCUCUGGCCCCCGGCUGCAGCAGGAGUGAAAGCAGGGCAGGGAGGCCCUGCCUCGCGCGUGGUCUGCUCACAGCCCCCGGCCGUGGCCGGCUCGCGGCAGACUGGGCGGGCGCCCUGCCGUGUCCCCUAUUCAGAGCGGCAGCGCGCCCUGAAGGAUCCCAUUUUUCUAUACCGACGGCAGUCUCGCUCGCCCUGCGCCGUGGAGGCAAGUCCCUUCGUCAGUUUUAUAUCGUCACAAUGGAAAUAUAUUUUCUAAUGAAUUCUUGUCGGAAGCCAGGUCUCUCCUCCCGUGAUCUCAAAAGGGACUCAUGUACAUAUCACAAUCAAAAGUGUUUGCUCAUAAAAUCAGCUACGAAUAUCGUGAAUUUUUUUUUCUGGACCAUAGGAAUAUUAUUUCAAAUAAAUAUUACAAUUUAACCAUUAAAUUAGUACUUGAAGUUGAGCCUUUGUGCGGGACUUUUUAAAAUUUAAACACACAAAAAAAUGCCUUUUUAAAGCAUUAAUGGCUAACAAGUAUUUUAUGACUCCUCAUUCCAGGCCCGAGAGGGUGGUGUCUAAGACUCCGUUGCUAACCGCUCUGUGCUCUGUGCCCCGUCUGCGGCGGGCGCGCGCCCAGGCUCGCUUCCGACAGGCAGGUGAACCCCAGUCAUCUGUGGAGAGAAUCAUGCAAAUUUUAAAAGUUCUUCCAAGAGACUUCCAGAUCCUGGUUGUUAACAAAAAAAAAAAGAAAAAAAGAAAAAAAAUGAAAAAUGUAAUAAUUGAUAUGAUUUUGUAAAAGUAUUUUUCUUGAAAUAAUCUAACGUUUAAAACAUUAUAUUAAAAAAUUGUGUGGUGGGAAUGUGAAAACAGAGAAAUAACUUGUAAAUGAUAAUUUUGUUCUCUGUCCCACCAACCGAAGGGCGGGGGUGGGGUGGGGGUCUUUCGCAAUGUAUAGGUUAAAAAAAAAUCUGAUAUAUCAAACCAUUUGUAUCUAAUGUGUACAGUGUAAAAUUGACUUUAAAAAUAUUGCAGUGCUAUUUUUUCUUAAUCAGAAAGGAAAAAUUCUCAAGGCCUUUUGAAGAGCAUAAGAUGAUGAAGAUUGUAAACUUGUAUAAAAUUAUCUUGGUGAGAAGACAAAUUGUAAAGUAGAUAUUUGUAAUCUUUUACCACUUUGGGGUUGCUUUUUUCCCAGAAUUCAUCAGAAUUUUGAAUUUUUUUUAAAAAAAAACGGGCUGUUUUUAAUGCAGGGGCUUUUCUUCCCUAGAAACCCAAUUCUAAGCAAAAAGAAAAAAAAAACACAAAAAACAAAAAACCCCUACAAAAAUUUAAAAAAAAAAUAAGGCAGCAAAGGGUAGUUUUCAUCUGGUGUCUUUUAUUUAAGUUUUUUAAGUUAAAAGCUGGUGACAUAUUUAUACGUUUUUGUGCAAAAAUAAAUGAAUGGCAAUAGAUUUUAAAAAAUCUUAUUAUGUACUUCUGUGUGAGAAAGUCUGUAUAAUAUUUCCCUUAAAUAUGCAUUAUUUUACUUGUGAGUUUUUUACGGAAUUAAUCUGAAAUGUAAAAGCCCUGGAUUUGCUACAGAGUGAGAAGUUAUUUUAUUUUUCUUUUUAUUUUUAAUUUUGGAAAUUCUGCAGAAAUCAGAACUCUUACCAAGGUUUGAACUAAAAGGGGGAAGCGGGGAGGGAGGGGGCGGGUUGGCCGGCAUGCUUGUAUAUUUCAGAGCCUUUUUUAAAUGUAAAAGCUGUACAUUUCUGGGAAGUUCUGAAUUUCUUUUUGUUUCCUUUUUCCUUCAAGCAUUUUGCAGUGAGCUUCUUUUAUAUAUAGCAAACAAUUUGAAAGGAUACAAAAAUAUGUGAAGUUCAUUUUAAAAAAAAAAACUACAGUAUAGCGCUGGUACCGUACACUAAAAGACUUUGAUAAAAAGAAACAAUACUAAAAGGCCUCCAUUUUAAAUGUCAUUCAUAUAUACCUUGUGAAUGAGAGCUAUAUACUUUUACACACUUUUUUAGAGGAAUAAAUUAUUGAAUUACUGAAAUUUUGAGUGGCUUUUUUCCCCCCUCACAUCC